GCCCUCCCCCUCCGUGCUCCCCGCGGGCUGGGGGUGGGGGAGCACUCCACCUGCUUCCGGAAGAGGCCAACUCCUGGCCAAGCUCAGGGGCACAAUUUGGAUUUUGCUCGCUUUCCUUGGAGGUGCUCAGAGGGGGGGAAAGACAGAACAUUGCAUCUUGGAACAAAUCUGCUUUUCAUCAUGCAAAUGAAUGCCCAGUUAACGUAGGCAGACUGUCAGUUUCACUAGUUAGAAAGGGAGAGAGAGAGGAAAGGGGGAAAAAUUCCCACCGAGGCGACUGAUGAAGAAUUUCGACAGAAAGCUGCUACUUCAAAAAUAAGAUCCUUCUCUGAGCACAGAGCCUCAGGAGGCGUCCCAGGCAGCCUGAAUGCUCCACGGUGCAGGUUACACACUGAAGUUUCCAAGGAACAUUUGCUAAGCUCAACCCUUGAGCAAAUACACAAUGAGGACUGAGGUGCUGAGCUGAGGAAUCAGAGUGUUUGGCUGCAAGUCCCUGGAAAAUAGAACUGUGGAAACUGGCAUGUCAGGACACAGCCCAUGUACGGCGCCUGGUACGCACUCAGUAUCAGCUUGAGUUUGCCAGAGGAAAGAAGGAACAAGUCAGUGAACCAUGAAGUGCAUGCCCAAAUAAAUCACAAUGUUCUUGACUUCACGAACUCCUUAGGAGGCAAGAGAGAGAAGCCUGUCCAGAGUGGCUGAAAACAGGAACUGUCACCGCUGUGAGUCCCCUGCCUUCCUUGUUUCUAACAGAGGAAGUGUGCAGCUGGUUUAGCAACUGCUGGGCUUGAUAGCAUGGGCUUCUCUACACCCUGGGGAGCAGGCUUACUUCAACAGAGCAGCAGCAGCUGAUGGAGAAGUGGUGAUGGUGCUCCUCCUUGCAGUCCCCUUCAUCUGAUCCUGGGGAUACCAUGCCCGACUUCUGAAGGUCACUUGCCACCCCGAAGGCUCAGUGCCUGGCUGCCACUCCCUGCGUGUCUCCUGUGCCAGAGGCUUCAAGCCCGCCGCCGAGAGCGAGCCAUGGGCAACAGCAUGAGAUCCACACCAGCACCUCCCGAGAGGCCUCUGUCCGGCCCCGCUGGACUGGACAGUGAUUUCCUCGCUGUACUGAAUGAUUACCCAUCUCCUGACAUCAGUCCCCCAAUAUUCCGUCGAGGGGAGAAACUGCGUGUGAUUUCUGAUGAAGGGGGCUGGUGGAAAGCCAUUUCUCUUAGCACUGGUCGAGAGAGUUAUAUUCCUGGAAUCUGUGUGGCUAGAGUUUACCAUGGCUGGCUGUUUGAAGGGUUGGGCAGAGACAAAGCUGAGGAGCUGCUGCAGCUGCCAGACACCAAGAUCGGCUCCUUCAUGAUCAGAGAGAGUGAGACGAAGAAAGGUUUUUAUUCACUCUCAGUGAGACACCGACAGGUGAAACACUAUCGAAUCUUCCGCCUGCCCAACAACUGGUAUUAUAUUUCCCCAAGACUCACCUUCCAGUGUCUGGAAGACCUCGUAAAUCAUUAUUCUGAAGUUGCUGAUGGUCUUUGCUGUGUCCUGACCACCCCGUGCCUCACUCAGAGCACUGCCACACCUUCCCUGAGGGCUCCUAACUCCCCAGUCACCUUGCGCCAGAAGACCUUUGACUGGAAGAGGGUGUCCAGACUUCAAGAGGACUCGGAUCCCGAGGGAGCAGGCAACCCCCUUGGAGUGGACGAGUCUCUUUUCAGCUAUGGCCUUCGGGAAAGCAUUGCCUCCUACCUAUCCCUGACCAGUGAGGACGGUGCUUCCUUUGACCGCAAGAAGAAAAGCGUCUCCUUAAUGUAUAGUGGAAGCAAGAGGAAAAGCGCCUUCUUCUCCCCACCGUACUUUGAGGACUAGCCAAGUAUGGAGAGGUGGCGUGUGCCCACAAAGAGGAGCAGAGGUUGAGACUACUGUUCCCUGGUUCGCCCAGAGAGCCAUGCUUCCCCAGUCCUGGAGAGCCUCCUGUCUCUUAGCAGCCAAGAGAAGUCACAUGGAGGCUUGAACUCACAUCUUCUCUAUCCACAUCAUGACCCAGGGAAUCCCUGCCUGGGGUCUGAGCAGGACCAUCGUGUCACACCAUGUUGAGGCGUGAUGGAAUUGAGCAACAUUUCAGAAUGUCUCAGUGUAUGUCAGUCUUGUUCUGUUUGUUAAGAAAGACCCUGAUCUGCUCUCACAAGAAAGGGCACAACACAAGGUACAUUCUCCAACAAACUGUCCAGAGAGUUACAUCUUGGGUGCAUCAGAGAGCACUUCUGAACGAGAAAAUUCCAGGAAGAUGAGCCUGGAACUGAGGCUUGGUGGGUGUCUGGAUUUGAAAAUUAGUCCCCUGCAUUGAACUUUUUAAAACCAAUGCAUACGGAGAAUCUUUGGUAGGCUCUCUCCCUUUCAAGGGAGAUUGGUGACACUAAACAGAAACCUCUUAUGAUUCAGCAGAUCCCUUUGACCUAUUCACACCCAGGCCACAUAGCAGAAGCUGGAGUAUCUUUUUUCCGCAGCGAGCAAGGCACAUAAAGGUCAGGGAGCUGCUGAUGGAGAAAUGUUAGGGUGGUCUUGAGACUGCAAACUUUCAUGAGGCCCCCAACUACGGCUUUACAUCAGCACAGAAUCAAGCUGUUUCUUGAGAUAUGAAGACUUCUGCUUACAUUGAUGUAUCAAUCACUCAUUCACAAUUGUCCCCAAUAGACACUGUGUUAAGUAUGUGUAGAUUUGACGGUGAAAAAAAAAAAAGCGAAUAAGCCCCAGAUCCCAGCAAUAUAAAAUAAGGAGAAAAUUGAUAUGCUGAAAAUUCAGCUGAGUUGGGGUAAAAUAAGGAGUUCUUGUUUCAGCAGGACAUCCAGAAAAGAAGAGGGAUGGAAGAUUUGAAUAGGCAAGCACAGUUAGGUUCAUUAGAAAAAAAAGAAAAUUGAUAAGUUUGAAAGACUAAUUCAUCCAGUUAUGUUAAAAAGAGUCUGAUGUUCACAUGAAUAAAAAUGCUGAGCUCUGGGAAAGAAGGAAGCCAGAGUAGCUAAAUUCUGUCAUGUUAUUUUAAGAGAUGAGAGAGAAAUCACCGUAAAGAUGUAAAGAAGUAUUUAUCUCCAGGAUGCUCUGCUCCUUUUGAUCCUGUUGGAAAGUUGCUACAGAUGAAUCCAUGACUCAUUCUUCCCAGUUGCACAGGGAUUUGGGGGGGAGGUGGGCAGGGCAUGGUCUCACUAGCUGCCUGAUAGGAGAAGUCUGUUCUAUAUAUGCAUUCCGUGGAUCUGAGAUCAUUGUACUAGUGGCCUGUGGAUAUGCAUUUUCAUGCUGCCUGUUCCAUGAGAUUCCAGCAUAUUUAUACAAGGAGACUUUUGUGGUUUCCUCAACAAUCCCAAAGAAACUGGCUAAGACAUGAGAAACAAAUGUAACUGUGUGGAUCUUUACUUCCACCGUCAGGCAGAUGACAUCACAAGUUCCAGAUAUUUGUACAGUGUCCUGUGAAUUAGUUUUCAUUGUGACAGAUGGGGUCAGAACACUUGGGGAGUCCCCGGAGGGACUUCUACAAGGGGGAAGCAUUAUUCUUUGUUAAAUCAUGUAUUUAUUCCUGAUUUAAAUAAGCCUAAUAAAUAUUUAACUCUUUGA